AUGUACGCCAUCUUUGAGUCCGGCAUCCAGUUCCUACAAUUCAUCCAUGCCAGCAACACGGCGCUCACACAGAGCAGAAUGGAGCUUCUCGUCUAACACAGCUGCCCAAUCGGCUCUCUCCAUUCCUGACAGCUGGCCAAUCACAGAGCCCUCAUCAGGCUGAAACUAUUCAACAUGGAGACAACAGUUGAGAAGCUUGAGGCGAUGUUCCUGAAGUCAGAGGCUGACCUGGAAUACAUUGAGAAGCGGCUGAAGCUGGACUUCAUCAACAGCUCUGCAGAGAAUGGAUGUCCUGCUGAGGAGAACCUGGCGGUGAUACUGGAGAACCUCAGGGCCCUCAAGGCCAAACACGCAACGUUGUGCUCCCAGGUGAAGGACAUUGCAGCUGCACAGAAACAGUCCAUGGACUCCAUCAGAAACCGCCUUGGCAGUGUCAUGAACCUGAUCCAAAACUUCCAACAGACUACAGAGGUGGAGGUUCAGCUGCUGACGGAGUCAGAGCAAGAUUCAGCAGAAGUCCUGGCUUCAUCCAUCAUUCAGACCACAAGAGAGCUGCCUCCUGCUGUAGCAGCUUUUGUCCAACAGCAGCCACUGAGCUGUGAAUAUGCGGAGCUGAGUGAAGCCAUGUUGGAGGCAGUUCCUUUCAGCAUGCGCUCCAACAUCAAACUGGCUGACCUCAAUAUGUUCUACCAGCAGCUGCAGCAGCACCUCAGCAAAAACAGUGGAUCCCUCAGUGUGCAGAAGAUGAAGCAUUUGAAGAUGAAGGUGAGCAAUGCCAAGCUGAAGGUCCUGCAGCACCUCUCUUUAGUUGAGCUGGACAGGAAAGGCCAUGUUCGUCUUGCAAUGUGAGGUGGAUCAACAGGUGGAUGUUAAGUGGACACUGUUGACACAGUGGGUGUUGCCCCAGGCUAUGCUGGGUGUACUGGAUUUGGCUACUUCUCCACCUGUUCCACAUGACCUGCAGUAUGAAAAGUGAACUAACUGAAGGAUCAAAUUGCAGACACUCCUGAGGUCACGGCCAGACCAGAUGUUUGUGGACACAUCAGUCAUAUUUUCAUUCCAAAUGCAGAUGUUUACUGUUUAAGAUCCACAAGUGAUACAAAAUGCAACACGAUUUCCACAUGAUAGUGCUCCAUUUUGACUAUGCCCUCUGCCUCCUACCUGUUCUUCAGUGCCAGUCAUCCCAAUGUGUUCCUCAUUAUUAAUUCACCUCCUGCUGAAUCCUUGCCAUGUGUGGUUUGGUUUUACCCUGAGCCUUUAUUAGCCAACAAAACCUAAUAAAGGCCAUUAAAACAAUAAUGUGCAUGUCAUUCACAAAUUUUAAUGAAGCAAGCAAAAACAAACAAAAAAGGGGAUUAUUUUCCUGUUUUUGGUUCAGCCAAUCACAAAAAAGAGGUGAAACAUGGCAUGUUGACAUAUUGUAAAGAAGUUGGAACACCUUAUUGUUAAUGUCUCACAGUAGCCUUUGAUAAAUUCGAUAAAAGGAUCAGCAUUUCAGACCCAAUUAGAAAUAAAAUGAGAACACUAGUAGUACUUCAUUCUCUGAUUGAAAUCCUGUUCCACCUUUGACAACACCCAACAACUGUUGCACCUGUAACCAACCAAAACAGUAAUGUCACAGGGUCCUGGAGUGCACAUCACUGCAUCAAGGUAAGUAGUGAAACCACUGUAAAGUCAGCAAAAACAAGAUUUUCAGGGGGUUUUAAGAUACACUUUUACUAGUUAAAUGAUCAAAAAGUGGACCAGCCGUGGCACUUCAUGGAAUGAGAGAGUCAGAGUGCCACAGUGGCACUGUCUGGUUUUUAUGACUACACUAGAUUGAUCUCAGGUGAACGACAGUCUUCUGACAGUGGAUUUGGACUGGUCUCUUUUGUCCAUCUAGCAGCUAUAAUGUGCAUGGCUGAUCAGAGUGGCUCACAUGUCCAAGUCAUAUUCUCUGGUAUCUGGUCCUUUAAUGGUAAAUGUAAAUACUUUUGAUGCAAAAAAUUUUCACAAUUUUGUGCUGUUUACUCCUUAUGGUAUUGGAACAAAAACACAGGUAAUGGCAAAACCAACUCUGAGGAUUGGUUUUUCCAGCAGGACAAUGCUCCAUGCCACACACUAUGUCAAUCAAGGUGUGGAUGAAGGACCACCUUGAUUGAUCAAGACCCUGUCAAGGCCAGCCCAAUCUCCAGAUCUGAACCCCAUUGAAAACCUCUGGAAUGUGAUCAAGAGGAAGAUGGAUGGUCAAAAGUCAUCAAACAAAGCUCAGUUGCUUGAAUUUUUGCACCAAGAG